UGAAUGUAUAGCUCCCCUUCUUCCUUGUUCUUUCUUCAAAUCACUUUCCAUCUUUCUUCUUCUGUAUAUAUAAGCUUCAUCAGCUAGCAAUCUCUCUCUCUCUCUCCCCCUCUCUCUCUCACACACAUAUAUAUAUACUAGCAGCUAUCUCCUCUAUAUUCAAUCAAAUUAUAAACAUUAUUUCUCUAAAGAAACAGAUAUACAUAUAUAUUAUCACAGAUAAAAUCUGCAACUAAUUAAUAUGAUAGCUAUAGUGUUGGUUCUUACUAUUUGGAGUCAUCUGAGUGGGGUUUCACAAGGGCAGCUUAGCGUGAGUUUCUACGACGACAGUUGCCCUAACGUCGGAGCAAUCGUCGGCGGCGUUAUCCGCGACGUCGCCGCCUCCAACGCUAACAUUGCUCCCGUCUUGCUCCGCCUCCAUUUCCACGAUUGCUUCGUUCAGGGGUGUGACGGGUCGAUAUUGGUUGAUAAUGGGGAGAUUUCAGAGAGGCAUGCAUUCGGGCACCAAGGAGUGGGGGGAUUUGAGGUGAUAGAAAAAGCAAAGGCAGAAGUGGAGGCGGUUUGUCCAGGAAUUGUUUCUUGUGCUGAUAUUGUAGCAUUGGCAGCUAGAGAAGCUGUCGUUUUGGCAAAUGGACCGUCGUACGGGGUGGAAAUGGGGAGAAGAGAUGGAAUGGUUUCCAAUUUGUCACUGGCAGACGACAUGCCAGACAUUGAUGAUUCAAUUCAAACUCUUAAAAACAAGUUUAUCAAUAAAGGCCUUUCCGAAAAUGACCUUGUUGUCCUAAGUGCUGCACACACAAUUGGAACCACGGCAUGCUUCUUCAUGACCAAUCGCCUCUACAACUUCCCCGGCGUCGGGGGUUCCGACCCGUCGAUAAGCCCCGAAUUACUGCCGGAGCUAAAGGCGACGUGCCCGCAGAACGGCGACGUCAACGUCCGGUUACCGAUCGACCACGGCAGCGGCCAAACGUUCGACAGCCAAAUUCUGCAGAACAUCAGGAGUGGGUUCGCAGUGUUGCAGUCCGAUGCGAGGCUGUACGAGGAUGACGUAACGAGGAACGCCGUGGAUUCUUACUUCGGCGGUUUGCCGUUUCUCCGGCCGUCGUUCGAGGACGACUUCGCUGAUGCCAUGGUGAAAAUGGGAAGAAUUGGUGUUCUAAGUGGCUCCCAAGGGAAAAUUAGGCGUUCAUGUGCAGCUUUUAAUUGAUCAAUUAAUUAUUUAAUUAUAUUA